AUGUCACACUCGUCUGUGACACGGAAGACUUGGUUACUCGGAAGCCAACAGCAAAGGAGUGAGGUGAAAAAAGAGGCCGGAGCUUGGCCUGGCUUCCCAGGGCCGCAAGAGCCCUCUCUGGUCUUACUGGUUACCUUUGGACAGCAGUGGCUGUGUCCCACAGACUCUGGCACCAUGAACAUAUUUGAUCGGAAGAUCAACUUUGAUGCGCUCUUAAAAUUUUCCCACAUAACCCCCUCAACACAGCAGCACCUGAAGAAGGUCUACGCCAGUUUCGCCCUCUGUAUGUUUGUGGCGGCUGCAGGGGCCUAUGUCCACGUGGUCACUCACUUCAUUCAGGCUGGCCUACUCUCUGCCCUGGGAUCCCUGGGAUUGAUGAUUUGGCUUAUGGCAACACCUCAUAGCCAUGAAACUGAGCAAAAAAGACUGGGACUUCUUGCUGGAUUUGCUUUCCUUACAGGAGUUGGACUGGGCCCUGCCCUGGAGUUGUGCAUUUCCAUCAAUCCUAGCAUCCUUCCCACUGCUUUCAUGGGUACAGCAAUGAUCUUCACCUGUUUCACCCUGAGCGCACUCUAUGCCAGACGUCGUAGCUACCUCUUCCUGGGGGGUAUCUUGAUGUCAGCCAUGAGCCUGAUGGUCUUGUCCUCACUGGGCAACCUUUUCUUUGGAUCUGUUUGGCUUUUCCAGGCAAAUCUGUAUGUGGGGCUGGUGGUCAUGUGUGGCUUUGUCCUUUUUGAUACUCAACUCAUUAUUGAAAAGGCUGAAAAUGGAGAUAAGGAUUAUAUCUGGCAUUGCAUUGACCUUUUCCUGGAUUUUGUUACUCUAUUCAGAAAACUCAUGAUGAUCCUGGCUAUGAAUGAGAAGGACAAGAAAAAAGACAAGAAGUAAAAUGACCAUCCAGCCUUUCCCAAUUUGACUUCCUCUCCCACACCCCUCAUUUCCUCUUUGCACACAUUACAGGUGGCGUGUUCUGUGAUAAUGAAAAGCAUCAGAAAA